CCUGUUAUCUGGUAUCACCUCAUCAUCCGAGAGCAAGAAGAUAAAUCAUGUGCAGGAAUAUCCCCUCAAAUGUCUCCAUAUAACAUCCUGGAAUUGUAUAGAAUUAAAUGUUUAUUCACAAUACAGGUUCCUAUAAGGUGUCAGGACGUGGCGGUCUAUUUCUCCAUGGAGGAGUGGGAGUAUGUAGAAGGACACAAGGAUCAGUACAAGGAUCAGGUCAUGAUGGAGGAUCAGCAGCCCCUCACAUCACCAGUCAGAUCCAGUAAGAGAACAGCACCAGAGAGGUGUCCCCGUCCUCUUGAUGAACAGAAUAUGGAGGAUAUUACUACAGGGAAAGAUCUGAUCUAUAUAAAUGCUACAGACAUAAAGGAAGAAGAAGAGACAGAUGUGAGUCGUGAUGAGCAGUAUAAGGAGCACAUUCCUACAGAGAAAGAUCUGAACUAUAUUAAUGCUUUAAACAUAAUAGUAAAAGAAGAAGAGACAGAUGUGAGCAGUGAUGAGCAGUAUAAGGAGGACAUUCCUACAGGCAGCAGCCCAGAUUCUUGUAGCAGGAGAUCAGAGGAGAAUCUUAUAUCUUCAGAUUAUAAAGCAGAUGAUGAUGAUAUCACACAAGAUACAUAUGAAGAACAUUCCAUUAUCCCAGAUACACCCUCAGCCCUUCACAGCCAAGAUCUGUCAUCUCAAAAAAGUAAUAAUAGAAGUGUUGAGCAUCAAAAAGCUCUUACAGGGGAGAAGCUGUUUACAUGUUCAGAAUGUGGGAAAUGUUUUAGUUUUAAAUCACGGCUUGUAAUACAUCAGAGAACUCACACAGGAGAGAAGCCAUUUGCAUGUUCACAGUGUGGAAAAUGUUUUGCUCAUAAAUCGCAUCUUGUUGAACAUCAAACAACCCACACAGGAGAGAAGUCAUUUUCAUGUUCAGAAUGUGGAAAAUGUUUUACUUCUAAAUCACGGCUUAUAAUACAUCAGAGAACUCACACAGGGGAGAAACUAUUUUCAUGUUCAGAAUGUGGAAAAUAUUUUACUUAUAAAUCACGGCUUGUUGAACAUCGGAGAACUCACACAGGAGAGAAGCCAUUUUCAUGUUCAGAAUGUGGAAAAUGUUUUACUCAGAAAUCACAUCUAUCUGAACAUCAAACAAUUCAUAUUGGAGAGAAGCCAUUUUCAUGUUCAGAAUGUGGAAAAUGUUUUACUUCUAAAUCACGCCUUGUUAAACAUCAGAUAAUUCACACAGAGGAGAAACCAUUUUCAUGUUCAGAAUGUGGAAAAUGUUUUACUUCUAAAUCACGGCUUGUUAAACAUCAGAUAAUUCACACAGAGGAGAAACCAUUUUCAUGUUCAGAAUGUGGAAAAUGUUUUACUCGAAAAGCAAGUCUUCUUAUGCACCAAAGAACACAUACAAAGUAGCCUUUUAACUUGUCAAAUUGUGCAAAAAUUACAACAUUGCAGUCAGUCACAAGAGACAUCAAUUUAGACCAAUAAAUCGAAAAAGUAUUAGUAUUCCAGAAAAUGUCUGAUAUACAAAAUGCAAAUAGAAUCCAAAUAACACAUCUGUAUAUAUGUCACCAGGUACUAGAAUAUUAUAUAUAUAUAAAUAAUCUCCAAACAAAUAAGAGAAAGAAUGCGGCAGCUCACCAAAA